GUCUCAGAAACUGAAAGGCUUUCGUAUGUGGGGAAUAACUUUGGCAGCGGAGCUAUGAAAUGUAAUUCCCUAUGCAGGUAUUUUGUUGGUGUAUUAGACAAGGACUCUGGGCAAAUGGAAGUGUAUAAUGCUGAAAUAUUCAACAUGCAGCCCUUGCUGUCAGAUAACUUAGUACCUGAUGACACAAAGGAUUAUUGGAAUAAAUCCUACAGGGAGAAGAUGGAUUUGUGCAUAGAGGCCUUUGGUACAAGCAAGCAGAAGCGAGCUCUGAACUCUCGGCGAAUGAAUGCAGUGGGCAAUGAUAUUCUGAACACAGCUGUGACAAAAGCAGCAGCAAACAUUGUAGAUGCAAAGGGAGUAACAGCUCUGAUCCAGGAUGUGGCCCAAGAUGACGUACAGAACAUCUCCGCCUUCCUCCCACCAUGUAAUGAAGAUGCUGACAAACCAGAAAAUGUUUACAAGUUUGAGUACAUUCUGUCCCCAGCAGAAUAUGAAGCAUUGCGGAUUCCAGCAGCAGCCUUUGUUAACAUCACUCCAGAAGAAAUCAUCAAGAAAACACAAGAUAGAAGCCAUUGCUGCUUUGUUUUAGAAGAGCUGAAGUUCCUGCCCACUAAUGAGAAGAGCAGAGAUCACAAAGCCCGAUGCCUCUGGUUCCUGGACACCCUUAUUAAGUUCAGCUACCAGAAAGUGAUCAAAAAGAAGUAUCCAAUGGGUCCUGAAUGCCCACAGGUUAUUAGUAGGAAACUCAUGAAGAAUUUCACUUCACUGACCUACAACAAUAACAGUGUCCAGAAUUUAAUCUCUGCAUCAAUGAAGGCUAAAAUCACAGCAUACGUCAUUGCAUUGGCUCUGCACAUUAACAACUUCCAAAUUGACCUCACAGUCCUGCAGAAUGAUUUGAAGCUCCAAGAAAGUAGGAUGAUGGACAUCGCAAAGGCCAUGCGGUUGAAGGUCUCCAGGGCAAAGGGGCUGCCAGAACUUGAGAAUGAUCAAAACCACAAGCUGGGCACUCUCUCUCUCCCUUUGCCUGUGCAGAAGGCAUCAGGGAACCAAAGGAAACGCAAGAAAAUGAACUAA